AUGUGGACAGCGUGGUUUGUGGCUGCUCUGUCCAUAGCAGCUGUAUGUGGCGCCGAGAAAGAGACGAACACUGUCCUCAGGGUUACCAAAGACGUGCUGAGCAAUGCCAUUUCGGGCACCCUGCAGCAGAGCGAUGCUCUCCGCACGGCCCUGAGAGAGGUGCCCAUGGGUGUUGGUGGCGUUCGCUACAAUGACUUCCACAUCCGAGAUCCCCCCCCAAAAUAUACCAAUGGCAAACAGCUUGGUGGUAAUUACAAAUAUGGUCACAUCGAGACCAACGACAACACCGCUCAGCUGGGUGGCAAGUACCGAUACGGUGAGAUCCUUGAGUCUGAUGGAAGCGUCAGGGACCUCCGAAAUGGCGAGAGUUCAUAUGGUGGCCACAGGGGCCGUGGGCGGUAUAGGUCAGCUAAAGAUUCCGCAACGGUGGGCAGGCUUCACCGGAGAGAGCUACGUCCUGGAGAACUUCCACCUGGUGUGGCCACCGGGGCACUGGGCCCUGGUGGCUUGCUGGGCACUGGCGGCAUGCUGGCAGCGGAUGGCAUCUUGUCGGGUCAAGGUGGCCUGCUCGGCGGAGGUGGUCUCCUUGGAGAUGGAGGACUUCUCGGAGGAGGAGGCGUUCUGGGUGUGCUUGGCGAGGGCGGCAUUCUCAGCACCGUACAAGGCAUCACAGGGCUGCGCAUCAUGGAGUUGACGCUUCCCCGGGUGUCCGUGCGGCUGCUGCCCGGUGUAGGUGUCUACCUGAGCCUGUACACCCGUGUGGCCAUCAACGGGAAGAGUCUUAUUGGCUUCCUGGACAUCGCAGUGGAGGUGAACAUCACAGCCAAGGUCCGGCUGACCAUGGACCGCACGGGCUACCCCAGGCUGGUUAUUGAGCGAUGUGACACCCUCCUGGGGGGCAUCAAGGUCAAGCUGCUUCGAGGGCUUCUCCCUAACCUCGUGGACAACUUAGUGAACAGAGUGCUGGCCAACGUUCUCCCUGACUUGCUCUGCCCCAUCGUGGACGUGGUGCUGGGACUUGUCAACGACCAGCUGGGUCUUGUGGACUCUCUGAUUCCUCUGGGGAUAUUAGGAAGUGUCCAGUAUACCUUCUCCAGCCUUCCACUUGUGACCGGGGAAUUCCUGGAGAUAGACCUCAACUCUCUGGUUGGGGAGGCUGGAGGAGAUCUCAUCGAUUAUCCACUGGGGCGGCCAGCUGUGAACCCCAGGCAAAAGAUGCCACAAUUGCCCCCCAUGGGUGACAACACAAACUCCCAGCUGGCCAUUUCUGCCAACUUCCUGGGCUCAGUGCUGACUCUCCUGCAGAAGCAAGGGGCACUGGAUAUUGACAUCACCGAUGGCACAUUUGAAGAGCUGCCUCCACUCACCACUUCCACGCUGGGAGCCCUGAUCCCCAAGGUGUUCCAGCAGUACCCCGAUAACCGCCCACUCACCAUCAGGAUCCAGGUGCCCAAUCCGCCCUCAGUGACGCUGCAGAAAGACGAGGCGGUGGUGAAGGUGUUCGCCACCGCCGAGGUCACAGUCUCCCAGCCCAAUGAUGUCGAGACCACCAUCUGCCUCAUCGAGGUGGAUGCAGAACUCUUGGCCAUGUUUUCUGUGGAAGGAGAUAAACUCAUGAUUGAUGCCAAACUGGACAAGACCAACCUCAACCUCAAAACCUCAAAUGUGGGCAAUUUUGAUGUUGGCAUCAUGGAGAUGCUGGUUGGGAAGAUCUUCGACCUGGCGUUUAUGCCCGCGAUGAAUGCCAUGCUGGGCUCUGGGGUCCCUCUCCCCAAAAUCCUCAACAUUGACUUCAGCAAUGCAGACAUCGACGUCUUGGAGGACCUUCUGGUGCUGAGUGCUUGA